AUGCAAAUGCCCCCUGAAACCAAAACUGUCUUAUUUCUCGGAGCCAGCACGGGCAUUGGCCAGUCCGCUCUCAAGCACACCCUCGCCGCCGGCCAUCGGUGUGUCGCACUCUGUCGCGAUCCCUCCAAACUUGAGAAAAUCUUUCCGUCAGACUCGAGUGCAAAUCUGAAAAUAAUCAGAGGUAACGCACACGAUGUGGCUGCGGUAGCCCGGUGUCUUCAGACUGACAAACGCAUCGUUGACGUGGUUGUAACCACCAUCGGGGCCAAACCCGUCCCCCUCAAAUUGACCAUCGACGACCCAGAUGUUUGCAAAAAAGGUGCUGCGACCCUACUCGAGGCACUCGCUCAACUGCGCCAUAGCGGGAUUACUGGGGCCCCUCACAUCAUUGCUUGCAGUACCGCUGGCUUUUCUCGAUUCGGUCGCAAUAUCCCUCUCGCCAUGAUACCCAUCUAUGCUUUGUUUGUCAAGGUUCCUGGGGAAGAUAAGGUGGUGAUGGAAGAUCGAAUUGCGGAAAGUGGCGAGAGUUUUACUAUCAUUCGCCCCAGUCAUCUCAUCGAUGGGGAGUCGCGCAAACCCAUUCGAGUGGGAAUUGAAGAUCCUACUAACGGUCCAGUUUCAGAUGUGGUUGGGUACAGCAUUUCUCGGGAAGAUGCUGGUAGGUGGCUGGCGAACAAUCUCGUGUUGCAAAUUGACGCGAAGUAUUUGAACAAAAACGUGUUAAUUACCUACUAA